UUUAGAAAUCUAGGUCUGCUUAUAGGAAAAAGCUAGUUCCAAAUUGCUUGAAAAUUGAAUAAUUAGGAUAAAAAUGUACAUGAUUCAGCUAUUUCUUUUUAUUGCUCCCCUAGUUCUUUCCUCCAGAAUUGGCCAAGACUAUUCAUCAUUUGAUUCUGCAUCUCCAGAACCAAAAUCAAGAUUCGCUAUGUUAGAUGAUGUAAAAAUUUUAGCCAAUGGCCUCCUUCAGUUGGGGCACGGUCUUAAAGACUUUGUCCAUAAGACUAAGGGCCAAAUUAAUGACAUAUUUCAAAAACUUAACAUAUUUGAUACAUCUUUUUAUAACCUAUCACUGCAAACCAAUGAGAUUAAAAAAGAAGAAAAGGAACUUAGAAGAACUACAUCCAAGCUACAAGUCAAAAAUGAAGAAGUGAAGAAUAUGUCUCUUGAACUCAACUCAAAACUUGAAAGCCUCUUGGAAGAAAAAUUUCUACUUCAACAAAAAGUGAGAUAUUUGGAGGAACAAUUAACUAAUUUAAUUCAAAAUCAACCUGAAAUUCAGGAGUACCCAGAGGUAACAUCACUUAAAACUUUUGUAGAACAGCAAGACAAUAAUAUCAAAGACCUCCUCCAGACCAUGGAAAAACAAUACAGACAAUUAAACCAACAGCAUAAUCAAAUAAAAGAAAUAGAAAAUCAGCUGAGAAGGACUAGUAUUCAGGAACCCACAGAAAAGUCUCUUUAUUCCAAGCCAAGAGCACCAAGAACUACUCCAUCUCUUCAGAUGAAAGAAACAAAAAACGUAGAAUAUGAUGGCAUUCCUGCUGAUUGUACCACCAUUUAUAACAGAGGUGAACAUACUAGUGGCAUGUAUGCCAUUAGACCCAGCAACUCUCAAGUUUUUAAUGUCUACUGUGAUGUUAAAUCAGGUAGUUCAUGGACAUUAAUUCAACAUCGAAUAGAUGGAUCACAAAAUUUCAAUGAAACUUGGGAGAACUACAAAUAUGGUUUUGGGAGGCUUCAUGGAGAGUUCUGGUUGGGCCUAGAGAAGAUAUAUGCCAUAGUGAGACAAUCAAAUUAUAUUUUACGAAUUGAGCUAGAAGACUGGAAAGACAACAAGCAUUAUAUUGAAUAUUCUUUUCAUUUGGGAAAUCAUGAAACCAACUAUACGCUAUCUCUAGUUGAGAUUACUGGCAAUGUCCCCAGCACAUUCCCAGAACACAAAGAACUGGUGUUUUCUACAUGGGAUCACAAAGCAAAAAGACAUCUCAACUGUCCGGAAAGUUACUCAGGAGGCUGGUGGUGGCAUGACGUAUGUGAGGAAAACCACCUAAAUGGGAAAUACAACAAACCAAGAGCAAAGACUAAGCCAGAAAGGAGAAGAGGAAUAUGUUGGAAAUCUCAGAAUGGAAAGUUAUAUUCUAUCAAAUCAACCAAAAUGUUGAUCCAUCCAUCAAAUCUGGAAAGAUUUGAAUGAAUUGAGGCAAAUUAAAGUCAAUAAAUUACACAUAAAUUCAGCCUAAAUUACUGUGGUUUAAUAAUCUGGUAUUAAAUCAAAAAAGAAGACUUGAAAAUAGUUUUUUAUUUUAAGGUAACUGUCAAUUUAAGAUUAAAUCUGUUAUCACACCAUCUCCAAGAAUCCACUUAUCUUCCUCAACCAAAAUUUGUGUGAUGCCAUUUUUUUAAAUAUUUUGUGAUGUGGAAAUCAAUUGUAGAUGGUCAAACUCUAAAUGAUAACCAAUGGGUAAAUUUUUAAAUAACAUUUUAAAAUAAAAAAUAUGAUAAAAGACUUAUUUUAAGAGUCAGCUGGGGGCUGAUUUCACAACUCCCUAGUUUAAAGAAACUAGUUUUCUUGCUAAAAUUCUAAACUUGAAUAAAUACAAAGGACUGAUAAUUGUAAAGUUGUUAAAUUCUGUAAUAGUGUUAAUUUUAAAACUAGAAUUCAAUCAGUUCAGGAGAACAUAUGAAAAUCUAUAAUGAAUUUUAAAACAGAAGUUUCAUUUUACUAUAAAAUAAUCUAAAGAAAAUAUUUGAUAUACUUUAUGAAGUCAAAUGAAACAGUACGAAAUUCUGUAUUGAAGUAGGUUCAAUGUCCUUUUAAACAAAUGCAGUAGAUAAUGAUUAUUAAGUCAUAUUGACUUUAAUAUCCGGUAUCACUAUAUCUAAACAUAGUUAACUUAUCUAUACUGUAUGCAUUUCAUGUUUUAACAUUUAAUACUGUAAAAACAAAUCAUUUUAAAGUGAUCAUCUCAGACUAUAAUAAGAAUGAAUGUAUUCACAGUAUCAAAUUGAAGUUUAAUAAUACUUUAUUCUCCCUGGACAUGGUGUGGGUCUAAUAAUUUUUUGUAGGUUUUCAAGUAAAAUUAAAAAUCAUAAAGAAUUGAAUGUUUUAAACAGCC